UGAGGUCUCCUCCCCGGCAGGGGGCGGUGACAGCCGCUUUGGACAUCCAGAGGACCGGAGAAGAAGCCUGGGCUCAGGGCAGAAGCUGAUUAGAAGUGCAUCCAGCACACACAGGUGGUGGUCGGUGGUAUCUGACAGGAGAACAAUAAACUGAAAAAACAACAUGAACGAAGGUAUAGAGGGGACGGAGAGGUUCUUGAGCCCGGGCAGCGGCAGAGGCCUGCGGGCGGUCAGGCACUUCUCAGAGGGAGAGCUGGUGUUCGCCUGCCCUGCUUACUCGUACGUGUUGACGGUGAAUGAGAGGGGAGCACACUGUGAAAACUGCUUCUCCAGGAGAGAAGACCUUUUUAAGUGUGGAAAAUGUAAGCAGGCCUACUACUGCAAUGUGGAGUGUCAGAGAAGCGAUUGGCCCAUGCAUAAGCUGGAGUGUGUAGCUAUGUGUGCCUAUGGAGAGAACUGGUGUCCAUCAGAGACUGUCAGGCUGGUGGCUCGAAUCAUCUUGAAACAGAGAGUAACAACAGAUCGCACCCCUUCAGAAAGGGUGCUAUUGCUCACCGAGUUCGAAGCCCAUUUAGAUAAGAUGGAUAGUGAGAAGGACGAGAUGAACAAUGCAGACAUAGCAGCGCUGCAUCACUUUUACUCCAAACACAUCAGUGACAUUCCUGGCGAUCAGGCUCUCACUGAACUAUUUGCACAGGUUAACUGUAAUGGUUUCACCAUAGAGGAUGAGGAGCUCUCCCAUCUGGGAUCAGCUGUUUUUCCCGAUGUAGCACUGUUGAAUCACAGCUGUAGCCCUAAUGUCAUCGUGACCUAUAAAGGCACAGUGGCUGAGGUCAGAGCUAUCAAAGAGAUAGACCCUGGAGAUGAAGUCUUUAACAGCUACAUAGACCUUCUCUAUCCAACAGAAGACAGGAAAGAGAGGUUGUUAGAUUCCUACUUUUUCACAUGCCAGUGUACUGAGUGCACAUCCAAGUCCAAGGACAAAGCAAAAAUGGAGAUCAGAAAGCUGAGUUCUCCACCAGAGCCAGAGGAAAUCAAAUCCAUGGUCCAUUACGCCAAGAACGUAAUCGAGGAGUUCAGGAGAGCCAAACACUACAAGACCCCCAGUGAGCUGCUGGAGAUGUGUGAGCUCAGCCUGGAGAAGAUGGGAGCUAUAUUUGCAGACACAAACGUCUACAUGCUGCACAUGAUGUAUCAGGCCAUGGGUGUCUGUCUCUACAUGCAGGACUGGGACGGAGCAAUGAGAUACGGAGAGAAGAUCGUUCAACCGUACAGUAUUCACUACCCGGCCUACUCUCUGAAUGUGGCGUCUAUGUAUUUAAAACUGGGACGUCUGUAUUUGGGGCUGGAGAAGAAGAAACAAGGAAUCAGAGCUUUGAAGAAGGCUGUUGCCAUCAUGGAGGUGGCUCAUGGGAAGGAUCACAAUUAUGUAGCGGAAGUCAAACGAGAAAUCGAGGAGCAGAAAUAAACAAUGAUAGAUUAAAGAGAGAUGAACUGGAAUGAGGAACCUCUCUUUAAAGCAGCAACAACAAAAAUAAACAUCACAACCGCAUGCUAUGCAUCUUAUACCUCUCUGUUUUAUGGUCAUCCACUUAUGUCUUUUCUUACUUGUUUGUAGGCAGGGUCUUUUCUUCCACAUUUUAUGUGACGGUAAUCACGUUUUCUACCUGAAACUCCAUACUUCCUGUCAGACCUGGAGUCAAAACAAACACAUUAUGGUUAAAAUGUUUGGAAUGAAAAAGUGACUUUAAUACUAUCUGUGUGCUGACUCUCAAUAAAUCCAUUCAACAUGACAAAUUAACAACUCAAAACUGCCUUUUAAAGCUGUCUUUUCGAGAAAGCAACCCUUUCAUUUGAUCGCCACAUAAACUAAAUGUUCUGCCUGUGUACAGUCGACCCAUCAACCCACGUGUUUUUCAUCAUUUAUGUCUUUGUCAGUCGUUUCAGAUGCACAGUUGUCCUCCAGAGAAAUUGUUUAAUGAUUUGGACUUCUGUACAAGCUGGUAGUUGUUAUACAGGGCAUUACUUCUGAUACCCAGCCAAUGCAUUUUAUUCCAUCAAACAGAUUUGCUGGCUUCAUGUGUUCUUGUUUAAAAUGUGAUGAAAUGAUGACUGACCAUGCAUCAGAUACUCUGUAGCAACGGAGAAGAGAAUGCAAAGAACUUUUCCUAAAUGAAUAACAAGUGGUAUGUUUGGCUUGUCUUAUAGUAUGUUUUGCUUGUUUUUAAAGAAGCAGAAAAGGUGUUGCAUGUUUAUGUACUUUUUUUUUCAUAUAAGCCUUGUUGACCAAAGGAGCCAUGGGUUUAACUGAAAGGAACAGGCUAUAAUUCUCUAUUCACAGUGUAUCCUUAAAUAUGGGUACUGAUCUGAGACCAUGCUGCUUCUUAAAUCCCAGUGAAGACAUUUGAACCAUUACCUGACCAAUGAUCCUGGGUCAAGGCCCCGUUGCUCUCAGGAAAAAAGGAACAACACGGUAGCUUUUGUUGCCUUUUGUCUAUAAAUGCAUUAUUGUACCUUUUUUUUCUUUUAAGCAGCAUGAAUACUGAUUUUCAUUACUUUGGGAAUGAAAUUGCUUGAGCAGCUGAGGGCAGAUUAUUAACACGCUGUAUUACCUUUUAGACACGGGAUAAUUUCAGAGAUAUCAUCCUCACAACACACUUUGAAUUUAGUAUUUAACAUAAUAAACAAUUUAUUUAAAAAUAAAAUGUAUCUCCCCCUUUAUCUCUGCAUCAGUGUGGUCACAUCUUGUCGACAACCAUGUGUGUCAGAGAUUCCCAAAGUGUUUCUUGUGUUUAAUGGUUUUCAAAGAACCCUGACAUCAUUAGAAAAAAGGAGGAGCAGUUGCAUGUUGUAAAACUCGAUAUCUCUCUUAUGAGUGAGCAUGCAGUGUGUGAUGGUGUCUUUCAAAAGUUUGAAGUUGAGGCAAUGCCAAGGUCAUCACCUAGGCCUUAUGUUAGGGUUCUAGUUGCAUUAAACAUUUUUACAAAUUCUUUGACAAAAUGACAUGUAAGCACGUUUAGUUAUUUUUGUCUUUAUUUCUGUUCAUGGACAGUUCUCCUUUUUGCUGUCUUCACAUCAUGCACCACCAGAGAAACUACAGUCAUAUAUCUAAUUCCUUUAUUCUUUUUAAUACCUGUAGCUUCUCCCUCUUGCUUACUUUUUACUAUGGACGCAGCCUUAUGCAAGUGCUACUGAGGGUUAGUAAUAGCCCAUUAUUAUCAUAUUUGUAGCAACCUCUCCAUAGGUGACUCUUUUUGUCAUUUGCAAAGAUGCAUCUAGAAGGGGCCUGCCUUUUGCAUACUGUAUGUCAUUCAAUAGGUCUGUUCUAAUGUUUGUUUUAUAAAUGAAAAUCCCAAUGAAAAGGGGUUUGAAGUCUGCACAAACCAUACAAUAUCCAAACCCUCAGUUUUUUGAGAUGUUGGCACUUCAUUUUAUUGGUGGCCAGACAGCAAGAACAUGCAUAUGAUUGGUUUUCUGUCAUGAAGAAAAAAUACAUGCUCAUGCAGGACAAAGAAAUAAAACAAGAAACAGACAAAAGGCUUUUCUGCAUUUCUGUGAUGACUUGUUACUUUAUGAGGCAUGAAUGUUCUGUAUAACUAAUUCUGAACCUCUGAUUCUUUCUGUAUUGUCUCACUGAAAUGCAAUAAAGUGCAGUAUGGCACUUUGACAUUUA